AUGUCUGAGAAAUUAGCAGUUACCACGUCCAAUACUGGACCUCGUUUCUCACGCUAUGAAGAGUGCGAGGAGGUAUACGACACUGUAGACCAGUGGCGCAAAGAGGGAUCAGGGGUCUUGAUUCCCAUUGUCCGAAAUCACACCGUACCACUUCUAGAGCAGAAAUGCAAACGACCAUGGUGGGAGUUGCUCAAACGCUCCAAGUCCAUCAUCAGGCCCUCAACUGUCGAUGGUCUCAAAGAGGCAAUCGCCGAGACCUGUGAGAAGCCAACUCCGAUGCUAUUCAUGCUCAUCAGCCGACACGUCGACCUGGGCCUCUUUGACAUACCCGCCACUGUCGGCAAGCUUGCCAUCAUCCGCUGCGGGCAGCGCGAAGACCGACACAGACAGCUGCGAGUCAGUGGCCUUUCUACCUUCUGCGGCAUAAGACUCGACCAAUGGGAAAUCCGCCGCGUGCGGAAACACGCCGUGAUUCUCGGCCCCGGCGUCGUCAUCCAGCUCCAUCGUGGCAUGCCAUGGGGCCAGCGGAAAGUCCCCUUGACCGCCGACGAGGAGGCCAAGGCUUAUCAAAACCUGAAAGCUCUCCUUGAGAAGGGGGUCAACAGUGCUUCCGAGGCCAAAACAAAUGUGAAGCAUCUCAAGAGCACAAUAGCCGCCCUUCUCAGUCUUCUCAUAGGGGCAGGCAGAAUCGUUUCUGCUUUGAGGGUCACGCCGGAAGGUGUCACGCUCAGUCCGGAUGCGAUACCUUGGCUCAAGAUGGGCGCCGUCAAGGUUGCGUCGGGGUUCUUCAAGCUGGCCAAUACGGCGGGUACCCCAGUUGUGGCGGGGGCGAGUGUCACGGCGGUUGCAGCUGCGAUGUAUUUCAUCCCUUGGGACACCCUUUGGGCAUGGCUAAGGGCCAAGUUCUCGUCGGCCUUGGACAAACUGCGCAGCGCUUUUACGAGAUUAUGCACGAUGAUUCGCGAUUUCUUCUUGAAGAAGAAAUCACGACGUUAG